UCUUGGAUCUUGCGAAAGCCAGAAGUCCAGACACCAAGCCUCAACUAUUGGAAGAGCUGCGUCAUGCUUUAAUGGAAGUCGGCUUCUUAUACAUCAAGAAUACCGACAUUCCAAAUGAGUUAUUGGACCAAGUAAAGGCAGCUGGAACGGCCAUCUUUGACAUUGCUGAAGAGCAANAAGAGGUCAGACUGAAGAUAGAGAUGAAGAAUGCCCCAUCUUUUCUGGGCUACUCUCGCCUGGCAGCAGAGAUCACUGCUGGAAAGAUAGACCAACGUGAACAGUUUGACUUUUCAACAGAACACCCUCUUCCGAAGGCAGAUGCACCACGCUAUGAGAACCUUCGGGCACCAAAUCAAUGGCCAUCCGACCAGGCGUUACCAGGGUUUCGAGCAACCUUUACCGAGUACAUGAAUAGGAUGGGUGAAAUGUCUAUUGCAUUCACAUCAUUGAUUGCCGAGGCCAUUCAUCUGCCACAAGACGCCUUUACGAAAUACUUUGACAAAGACCAACAACACAAACUCAAGAUUGGUGUUUGUGUGUCAACAACUCAUCGUGUGCUAUCACCCUCUGCCGGCUCAGGUGCCAGACUAUCUAUCCCUUUCUUCCAAGGAGUGAGAUAUGAUGCAGAAUUCGACGAGCUGGACGCAGUCGGCGUUGGAAAUGUACCAGAAGAUAUCAAGNAGCAGCGUCGACGCGUGGUCGAGCGAAACGGUGGCAGAGUUGAUGAUGUCGAAUUCACGUUCAAGAAGGGCAACAAAGCAAAGACGCUUGGUGAGGCUACGCUGCGCAAUCGAGUCAAGAGCCACCAGGAUGUCGGCGAACGCUGGUAUCCUGAUAUACUUCAAGAACUUCGCGAGGAGUGGAGUUCGGCAAAG